AAUCAACAACGGCGAACGUGAUUGGUCAAUGUCUCUGCUCGUUUACCUUGAAGUGUUUCUCUUCUAAACGGAGGUUUAUUGUUCCUCUCUGUUUGAGGCCAAAUUGAUUUAGCUUAGUCCUCCCGGAUCCGCGUCUCAAACAACCAACCGUUACAAUGGCUGGUGGCAAGGCAGGAAAGGACAGUGGCAAAGCCAAGGCCAAAGCGGUGUCUCGCUCCCAAAGGGCUGGGCUUCAGUUCCCAGUGGGUCGUAUCCACCGGCAUCUGAAGACCCGCACUACCAGUCAUGGGCGAGUGGGAGCUACAGCAGCUGUGUACAGCGCUGCCAUUCUUGAAUAUCUCACAGCUGAGGUGCUGGAGUUGGCAGGAAACGCCUCCAAAGAUCUGAAGGUGAAGCGUAUUACUCCCCGCCAUCUACAACUGGCCAUUCGUGGAGACGAGGAGUUGGACUCCCUCAUCAAGGCUACCAUCGCUGGUGGUGGUGUGAUCCCUCACAUCCACAAGUCCCUGAUUGGCAAGAAGGGCCAGCAGAAGACUGCAUAAACACCAUCAUCGUGGUGGGCUGGACUCAAGGACUUGUGUUCGGACUGUGAUCAGAUAAACUUGCAUUUGUUCGUUCAUCCGUUCUUUUUCUAUUUUUUUUUUUUUUUUUAAAUUAAUGUUCAUGUUGUAUUAGCUAACCCUGAGUAAUUUGUUAGUUUGUUAUCAUCUACAAAAUUAGUUUAAACCAGAUACCUGUGUUCAAAGCUAUUUUAGAGAGACAUGCAGGAAUUGUGAUUUUUGUCCUGUUAUGAAAGUGAAUUUGUUUGAUUGGCCAGAGUUAUGGAAGUGUUUUAUACUGAAAAAUGGAACUGAUAAAAACACAUUUUUUACAAAACAGAAAA